CUUAUGUCUAUUUUGAGGGAUAGCUUAUUUUGAAGAUGUUUUCAGGAAUUUAACUAUAAUUCUAUACCAUUGAUGUAUAAAUGGUAGAUUAUUGAAAAAAAUUGAGGCUCUGGGUUAAUCAAAUAUAAAUGAGGAUGAUAACCCAGUGCCUCCAUAAAGGUUCUACAGGCUUGCCGUCCUUUUUUAUGAUCCAAAGAGCCUCUCUGAACCUUAUAUGGAUAAUACAGAGAUCUAGAGAGACCAUCAAGUCAUGGAGAAGGAUGCCAAAUCUUCAGAAUCUUUGUGGAGAGGCCUGAGUGGUUAUUCUUCUCUAUAUUUGAUUAACUCUAGAACCUCACGCCUAUCCUUAAUCUUGUAUUUAAACGAGAUGCUUUUGAAGAUAAGGAUAAAAAAUUAACAUAAUUAUUAUCUUAAAAUGGCAGCAGGUAUAGUCAUAUAUAGAGAGGGAUGAUAAAAAUAAUUCUGAGGCUUCUCUGCUGGGUUAACUAAAGUUUAAUUCUCUUGGAAACCAUUUGCUUAUUUCCCAAUCUAUGAAUAAAUGAGGUUUUUGCUGUACCAACCUAAAGUUCUUACUGGUCCUCUAAAAUUAAGUUAUUUUUACCACAGCAAAGAUCAGUCCAGAAUCAAAUGGAUAUAUAAAUGUUUUAGAAAAUACAAAAUUUCCAAAAUUAAAGUGAUCUUUAUUAUCCUUAUUGUAAUCAUUGCCUUUGUGGCAGGAAUACUCUCCACAGUAAUCUCUUAAUGUAAGAAGAGUGCAGAUGUAUUAAGAAUAGCUAACGCCUUUAGUGGAGGAAUAUUUCUUGCAAUUAUUUUCUUCAACAUUUUGCCAGAUACUACAAAUGAGUUUGACGAAUUUAUGGAAGACUAUGACCAUUCUGAAUAUUUGGCAACCUAAACUUUGAUUGCUUUAUUCUAAUCCAUUUAUUAGGUUUGCCUAUUUGAAUAUUCUU